GGCGUUUCACGUUAGCACGGCCUUUGGUGUCAUUCGGAAGGUUCUGUUGGCCACGGGCACCAACAUUGUCGGGCGAGUCCACCCGCGGCCAUCAGCUCUUCCCGGCCCGCUUUUCAUUGUUUACUCAACGUGGAUACACAGCGCAGCUCAAUCGUUCAAGAAUUUUUUUGUGGAAGAUUCCUGGUGCCUUGGUUUUCCUUUUCUUGUGAGUAAGUAACCAUGUGUACUCGUGUGGAGGUUGGCGAAACUUUGUGGUUCAUUGAAUGUUGUGUUGUGGUUUGCAAAGUGAGCAAACAACAAGUAGUCAUUUUCCGUGUCCUAAACUUCGUGCUGUGUGUGUGUGCUCCAGCUGAAAAUGGCACCCACGGUUCCGUCAGGUCGGGGUCGGGGUAUCAAAACGAAACCUAGAGGGCCCCGAGUCACAAAAUUCGCCCUCAUCCUGUGGAAGGAUUGUGCGGAGCCAUGCGCGGACGUCGUGCACAUCAAAAAGAUAUCCGCGGGUGAUGGUGUCAACGGGAACCAGCCGCGGCCCAACCUGCAACCCGGCAUGGUUGUCACCGUAUCGUGGUUCAAAGAUGCAGAGAAGCAAGGACAAAUCAUCCAGUUGGGAGCUGAGCGACCCCUAAAAAAGGUCUGCAUCGAUGAGAAUGGGAAUGUAAACGCCGCCGGAGUACGACUCCUCGGGCGAAGGGAGUGUGAGAUGCGCCAGACCAUUCGCCAUCGACGGGGUGCCGUUCAGAGCGCAGCCGACGCACAGCUUCUUCAGACUGUCAAUGAUGAAUUAGCUGUACGUGACCAUGAGAUUGUGCCCUUCAAGCCAGGUGAACUGGAACGCUUCCUUAGAGCAUUACCUGACAACCCAAGUCUAGAAGAGGUCGAUCACGUUGUGAAAAGGCUGCCUUGUCUGGCACCACAAUCUGAUCUUGACGUGCAACUAGUGAAGGGUUUUCCCGUGUACAUAAAUACUUAUAUGCUUGCUACGUUGCACAGACUUUACGAAACUAAGCCUGGUGCAUAUCUGUCGAAGCUUCUCACGGAGCUAGUACCUCCUAAAGUGCAAAGGUUGCCAAACUUGACAGCAGUGGGGAAGGGGUCAACCAAAGUUGGACUUCCCGAAAUUGUGCUGAAAACUCUCAUAGUGUACGUGGACAACCGUUCACGGGGCGAGUACAAGCCACACAAUGGCUUCCCAAACGCUAUUAAUGCUAUUUUAUCAUAUGAGCGGGACUGCCGAUCAACAGAGAAUGAUAGGCACCGGUUCGUCAUGGACCCUCCUGGACCUCUGUCACGCAUUGUUGCUGCAAGAGAGUCCACACUGACAGUGGUCAGGCUGGACGGGCCUACCUCAACUACCAGAUCUGUCCCUGGUACCGCUGGUACCGCUGGUACCGCUUGUACCGCUGGUACCGCUGGUACCGCUGGUGCAACUACCGUUCCUACUGCUACUAUGGUUCACGAUGCAACACCCACAGUCAUGGGAAUUGCAGCUGGUAACUUGGACCAGACACAAACAUGGUCACAUUCCAGCCAUGGAGAACAGAACCUGGAGCCUCCACCCCCAGGAACAGAUGAAGAGCAAAGGCAGUGGCCCCCUAGGGAAGGAUCUAGCUUUAAUUUUGUUACCCACAUGAACAUUAUGAAUGAAACAGGAUAGAAACUGCUCACAUUAUUAU